GCAAUUCGUUCUAGGAGAGAAUGCGUGCAUGAUAUUCCAUCCAGGAGAGUGCGACCAGUUCGCUGACUGCGGCGACAGCGAUUUCGGCAACAUGGGUAACGUUGUGGGGAUUAUUACUAACGGAUUUUAAUUGGGAGCGACCGGAAAAAUGGCAGAGAGGUUGGAGUGGGUUGAGAUCAUCGAGCCACGCACGCGGGAGCGCAUGUACGCCAACCUCCUCACCGGAGAGUGUGUGUGGGACCCCCCUCAGGGGGUGCGUAUCAAGAGGACAGGGGACAACCAGUGGUGGGAGCUGUUUGACCCCAACACCUCCCGCUUCUACUACUACAACGCUUCCACGCAACGCACCGUCUGGCACCGCCCGCAGGCCUGCGACAUCAUCCCCCUCGCCAAGCUACAGACGUUGAAGCAGCACACGGACGUGGCCUGCCCGGGAGGGACGGGGGGAGACAGAGGAGGGAGGACGUCAGCGGAUAACAGCCCAGGGAGGAGCAGUGCCGUCAGUAGGGAGGGGAGCACCUCGUCGUCACUGGACCAGGAACUGACCACAUCGGAGAAACAGGGGAAUAGAGAGGAGGCAGAGAGGACCUCUCCGUUCAGGUGGAACACAGGUACUAAGGAGAGGAUGCUGAUCAAGGUGACAGACAGAGAACCCAGCUUCCUCUCUCACCAGGGGAAUGGUUACUCCCCCUGCGACCCCCCCACCCUCACCCCAGUCCCUGCACCCGGCACUGGCACAGCCUCCCGUACCCGCCGAUCCUCUGGAGGUUCCGCCCCCCCUGAUGGCGCCCCUGACGGCUCUCCCAUCCUCUAUGUUGACCGCCACCAGUCGCCCUUCCUAAAACGGGCGGAGCUAGGGGGUGGAGGAACAGGGACCCACCGGCGCUCGUCGGCUGACUCACAGCCCUCUUCCCCCCGCUAUGCCUAUGAACCCCCCCUCUACGAGGAGCCCCCCUCGGAGUACCAGCCCCCGCCCAUCUACGAGGAACCUCCCACAGAUGUGAUGCGCCACCUGGGCUCUGACUCCUCCUCCUUGCUGUAUGGCACAGGGAAGUCCCCCACCCGGGGAAAUCCCUCCUCGGGGACGCCCCUCUACCACUCGCCCAAACAGAGCCACUCCCCCUAUGGUCAGCUGGUGCUGACCAGACAGAAGUGUCCAGAGAAGACACAGAGUCUGGAGUACAGCCCUGCAGGGAAGGAGUACGUCAAACAGCUAGUCUAUGUGGAACAGUCCUCCUCCAGCCCGCGUUUUAAGACGUCCGACCGGCUCCUUCGCUACGGGACCUCCACGGCCACCCCCUCCUCCACGGGGGGUUAUGGGGGCUCCUACGGGGGAUCCUACACCCUCCAACACAGCCAGAGUCUGAUCCGGGACCCCCGGCUGCUGCUGGACUACGGGGGCGGAGAGGGGGGCGAAGGCGGGGGCCAGAGGCUGCUCUACGAGGACUCUAUGUCCUGGAGCUCCAGUCAGCACCACUCCCUCUCCCUCUCUGGGUCUACAGGAGGAGGGGGCUUCUCGCCCGGUGGCAACCGCAAACGCAAGACCCGGAAGCCCUCCCUGCCUCAGGAGCUGGGGAGUUGUGGCGGGGUGGACCGGGAGGAAGGGCCAAUGUCGGGGACCCUGUCCGAGGCGGUGAUGAACCAGGCCAGGCUGGCAUGGGAGGCCCAGCAGGUGAUGAAGCAGAGGAGCAGUUGGGACUCAGCCCCGGGGGGAGGGGGAUCGGCUGGUGGCUGUGCCCAGGGAGGUGUGUCUAAAGACGGGUACGAGAGCGACGGUGCGGUGCCCCUCCCCCUGCCAGGCCCGGUGGUGAGGGCGUUUAGUGAGGACGAGGCGUUGGCACAGAGCGACGGGCACCACGGGCAUUACCACUGGAAACGCAGCACCUUCGACAGACUGGGCUUCCCUCGGGCACUACUGGAGAAGAGCCUGUCUGUACAGACCAACCUGGCCUCGCCUGAGCCCUUCUUACACCCUUCACAGUCGGAGGAUCUUGGAGCCUGUGCUCAGUUUGAGGCAAGUCGUAAUGCUCGGAACAUGAUGCCCAGCGCAAGCUGUGGAGUUUUCCCAGAAUUCACCCUGCGGAAGCCGUCCUCGGAGACCGACAUCGAGAACUGGGCCUCCAAACACUUCAACAAACACACACAGGGUCUGUUUCGGCGUAAGGUGUCCAUAGCCAACAUGCUGGCGUGGAGCAGUGAGCCAAUCAGGAAGCCCAUGAUCGUGACGUCAGACCGUGCGGUGAAGAGGGAGGCGGUGGAGAUCUUUAAACUAAUCCAGACCUACAUGGGAGACCGCCGAGCCAAGACUGACCCACUCACUGUCGCCCUGGAGACUGGCCCACUGAACAUCGCCCUGGAGGUGGCAGUGCGUGGUUGGAGCAGUCAGGGUCUUCGUGAUGAGCUCUACAUCCAGCUCUGUCGUCAGACCACAGAGAACUUCCGCUACGAUAGUCUGGAGAGGGGCUGGGAGCUCAUGGCUGUGUGUCUGGCCUUCUUCCCCCCAACUCCACGCUUCCACUCCUACUUGGAGGGAUACAUCUACAGACACAUGGACCCCCUCAACGAUACUAAAGGAGUGGCGAUAAGCGGCUAUGCCAAAUACUGUUACCGUAAACUGCAGAAGGCAGCUCUGACCGGAGCUAAGAAGGGGUUGCAGAAGCCGUGUCUGGAGGAGAUCAAACACGCCAGGAACGCCAUAUUCAGCCCCUCCAUGUUUGGCUCCUCCCUGGAGGAUGUGAUGUCACUGCAGAAGGAGCGUUACCCCGACAGCCAGCUGCCCUGGGUCCAGACACGCCUCUCAGAGGAAGUUCUGGGGCUCAACGGAGACCAGACAGAGGGCAUCUUCAGGGUUCCAGGUGACAUAGAUGAGGUCAACGCCCUCAAGCUGCAGGUGGACCAAUGGAAGAUCCCCACGGAUCUGGAGGAUCCUCACAUCCCAGCAUCUCUGUUGAAGUUUUGGUACAGGGAGUUGGAGGUGCCGUUGAUUCCGCAUGAGUUCUAUGAGGAGUGUAUCACUCACUAUGAUGACCCUGAGGCUGCAGUCAACGUUGUCAUGGGCCUGCCUCACAUCAACAAACUGGUGCUCUGCUACCUCAUACGCUUUCUACAGGUGUUUGGCCAGCCUGCCAACGUGGUGAUAACUAAGAUGGAUGUGAACAACCUGGCCAUGGUGAUGGCUCCCAACUGCCUGCGCUGCCAGUCAGACGACCCACGCAUCAUCUUUGAGAACACGCGUAAAGAGAUGUCCUUCAUCCGCGUGCUCAUCCAGCACCUCGACACCAGCUUCAUGGAUGGCCUGCUAUAGCCCCCCAACUUCAAAACUACCAUACGACACGGGGCGCCUCCCUCCCUGCUAUAGCCCCCACUUUUCAACUACUCUACCCUGAAAAAAACCACACGGGUUGCCCCCCAAUUUCAAAUAUGCCCAUAAAUCCACCAAGGCCCCACCUGCCCCACAGACCCUGUUCUAGCCCCCAAACAUCAAUUGGGAUGACCAGUUGGGAUACCUCCCAACUCCAACUACCCCCCAUAUACCUUGCUAUAGCCCCCAAACUACAACUACUGACCCCCAAACCAUCCAUCCACACAGGACAGGAUGACCCCCUACCUCCCCGACGGAGUCCCAACCCAGCCUGACCCGGACCCCUGACCUCUAACCCCACCCUACACACAGGGACUUGUGUCUCACACACACUGAUGUACUGGGUUACACACACUCACAUAGACAUACUCUCACAUAUACAUUUACUGACGCGUACACACACACACUCACUUGUAUAGUACACAUCCAUACACACAAUUUCUGAAAUCAGGGUGUCGGACCACAAAUCAGCUCCGAACCCAGAGCUACAGUCAAACUGCCAUCAAAGAAGGUGGAUAAAUGAAGAUGUCCCACUCAGGCUGUUUACCAUUGAUAAAAAUGGUCACAGUUCCGGUCUGCUUAAGGGAUGACUCUCUCAUAAGUACCAAUGCAUUAGCAGCUGAGUCUGGUCUGCUUAGUUCAUUGACUGUAUAUGAACCAGAAAAAAAGGAGGGCGUGAGAUGUCUCGCUUCCUCUUCUGUCUCUGCUGCCAUGAAGCCUGUCAGUCCAUCUGCACUGUUGUCACCAACCAACUGAUGGCAAUAAAGUUUUUAUUUCAAUUUUUUUGGGACGGUGGAGGCGAAUCCAGGUCAGGUGCUAGAGGGGAUCAUCGCAGCACUGCCAAUCAACCGUGACUGUUGCAACCGGAAGUGAUAGACACCCCUACAGCCCUUACCACCCAUCCGCCUGGUACAUAGGCCCUUCUGCCCCGCUCACCCCUCUGACCACCCAGACAACCACACAACCUCUACCCCUAGAGCCCCUCACCCUCUCACUAUCUACCCCCAACACAUCCUCAAGAUGGCGCACACCUCUAUAGUCUCAUACUGAUAUGAUUUCUGAAUGUCUAAAUUGAGAUCCGUCCACCUCUGUCUGUCUGUCUGUCUGUCUGUCUGUCUGUCUGUCUGUCUGUCUGUCUGUCUGUCUCUCUCUCUCUCUCUCUCUCUCUCUCUCUCUCUCUCUCUCUCUCUCUCUCUCUGUCAGAAAAACUGUACCUGUCUUUUGGACCUGUAUAAAAGUAUUUUCUUUAAUAGCUGAUUUGACUGGGUAUGGAUUAAAAAUAUAUAUAUUAUUAUUUUAUUAAUUGAUUUGUUGUAUUUUUAACUAUUUUAUAUAAUUUAAUUUAUUUAUAUUUAUUUCAGCAAUAUUUCCUUAAUGCCUUCUUCUUAGACAAUAUAGUGUGGAGUGUGGACAUGUAGGCAUGUAUGUGCUUGUGUGUGUGUUUUCAAUACAAUAGGGCAUAUACAUCACAUGUUGAUAUGCACAUACAUGUUAAUAUGUGCUCUCUGAAGGGUACAGUUGGUGUGUCUCUGUGUGUCUGAGAGUUAAGUCCUGCUGUUUUUUUUGUUCUGUUCAAUCUGUGUUUACACACGCACACACACACCACCUUAAACCUAAUUAAGUCCAUAAUCUCGCAGAAGGACUCUCACACUCUUACAUUCACGGAAGCCCUCACGCACUCAGACAUUGCGUAUCUGUGGAUGGAUAUUUUCUGCGUUAAAUAGCGGUCAAGCAACAUGUUGAAGAGAUAAAGUGGAUGAGUGAGGAAGAACGUGAGGGGAGAAAGGGGUGUAUGUCACUAUGUACAGUACCAGUCAAAAGUCUGGACAGACCUACUCAUUCAAGGGUUUUUCUUGAAUGAGUAGGUGCAUCCCAAAAGGUACCCUAUUUCUUAUAUAGUGCACUACUUUUGACAGAGCCCUGGCGGGCCCUCGUCAAAAAAGUGCAUUAUAUAGGGAAUAGGGUGCCAUUUGGUAGGUACACAAAGUGUGUGUGUGUCCUUUAAUCAAUGACAUCUAGCAUUACAACACCUGGUUACCAAGUAAGCCUACCUAGGUUGCACAAGGACUGGGUGCAUUCUAUCAGGGUGAAACUUUAGCGGGACCUGGAACAUUUCUAAUCAAACAAAGCUUGGCAUCAUCUGACACAGGAACAGGAUACAUGUUCUUUGACACCGAAUACAUACAGGAUACAUGUUUGAUCACAUUUGAAUGAGCAAAUAGUUCUGAUGAUUGUGACAGUGAGACAUGAACACAUGAUCUAGUCCAAAAGAUAGCCAGCUGCUCAUUGUGACUCGUCCUGCAAAAAAGAUUUCACGACAGUCCUGAUGGAAAAAGCAAAUUGGAAACCGCAAAUAAUCAUCAUAUCGUAUCGAAGUAAACUUCGAGUCACGUGAUGAUAUGUUGAGGAUCUUAAUCCAGAGAAAUGAUGAUCGAUACUUGGCUGCCUUUUGACAUAUUAAAAUAAUCUCGCUCUUUUGUCCAUAAUAAUCUCAUCAUAUAGGCUAUCCUACGCACACUGUAUCUGCAAGCUGUUGGCUAGAGAGCACGUGCCAAGACCAGAGUGGGCACAGUCGCAAUAUAACGCUAUUUAUUUUUUUACAUAACCCCAUUUAACUUGUAUUAUUUCUUCGGUACAUUGUCAUUUAACCGCAAAUGUUAUUUUUAUGUGCACUACGUCUUAAGACACAGAGUUUUUCCGCAACAGGUCAGUUUAAUGGAAACACAUCUAGGGUAGGAAAAUCCAUAUUUUUGAAUAUUCACAUGAAAAUCUGUCACCAAUUGGAUGUACUCUUCAUUUACCUCUCAACAAUGGCUGAAUUACAAUCUGUAAGUAGUAGAACUGUUCACUCGUACUUUGGCCAAUACUACAUUUUUUACUGACAUGUUUAAAACAAUUUUCUAUAAUGGAAAGGAGGGCAUACACUCACAUGUUAACAACAUAGACUACAAAGGGGCACUGCAAAAAUACUACUCUCAGAGACAGAAAGACGGAACAAAAAUCUGUGUGUGUAUGUGUUUGUGUAAGGGAUGGCAGUAGAAAAUCGACCAAUCAGCAUGCAGAACUUCGGGUCACCACUUUUAAAAACUAAGUAAAUAAAAAAAAUACAUGAAAAAAGAAACAUGAAAUACUUACAGAAAGGAUUUACAAACAUGAAGUGUUAAAAAUAAAUGUUUCCACUUUAAGAGAUGAUUUUCAAUCUCUUUUUAAUCUCUUUGUUUUCAAUGAUUACUGGUUGGUUCUCGUUUUUUGAUUUGUUGCUACAUAUGUUCUUCUUACAGUUAGUGUCCAUACUGUUAUUAUCAUUAUUAAUGUAAUUAAAAUGACUGAUAUUGAUCACAAGUAAGGUGGGAAUCAGCUGCUAUGUACUCUGCUCCUCACCUCCUCCUUUUCUUCCUCUUACUUCUCCUGCUCCUCAACAUUUUCUUUUCUCUUUUAAUGUCCACUGUCUGUCACUCAAACAAAAAUCGACAUUGUUUAAUAAACAAUUAAAAUGUGAAAUAUU